UAAUCAUUUUUGGUACAAGUUAACUAUAUCUGGUCAAUCACUCACUUCCUGUCAGCCUUACUGACCAGUCCGGUCUCACUUUGUCAAUCGUCUUCAAUCUUGUUAGAUGCGUGCCUCAAACCACUAAGAGUAUGAUGCAGAUAAGUACCAAGUGGAAGCAAGUGAUUGUGGCCUUUGUAAUUGUGAGUAUCAUCAUUGGCUUACUCAGUUCGUAUCGGCUCCAAACGGAUGUUUCUGUUAUGAGAGAACCAAAACAAGGAGAAUGCAGAAAAACUUCAUCAUUGGAGAACAUCACUUGCCGUUUAGAUCCCAUCGUAGUCAGACCUGAAAGCAUUACCCUAAAGAUGCCACCGGAGCUUGAAGAAGUGGUUCCACUAUGGCCAAAUACAAGAGCAGAUAAAUGUAUUGGAAAUAUCAAAGCAAAACCAAUGAGAAAACUUUCAUCAAACAAAUACCACAAUCUUUCCAAAUGUGUUGAAAGAAACAAAGUAAUGCGAGCUAUAAGAGACAACUCUUUGAAAACGCUGGAUCGCUCAAUAACCCAUGCAUAUUUUAAAGACCUGAAAAAGAAACAGGGGGUUACCAUCAUCGAAAUUGGAGGUUACCUGGGUGUGUUGCUACCAAAGCUGGUGGAAACAACUGGAACGAAACAGUAUGUCGCUCUAGAGCCCGUUCCUAGCUUCUAUCAACAGUUAUCCAAAAGGAUCGAAGACCUCUCACUCCAAUCAAGAGUUGCUACCUACAAUUUCGGUCUAGCUAAAUCUAAGAAGGAACUCCAAAUAAGUCUACGCAAAGACGCAACUUCUCUGCUGAAAGACGACAAAAGAGAAGGGGUUCAAACGGAAACUAUCAAAAUAUUCAAUGUGGUAGACUUCUUCAUACAGAUUGGUUUAGGGUGUAAUUCAUUGAACCUACUGACUAUUAAUUGUGAAGGAUGCGAAUUUGACGUCAUAGAAAUACUGACGUCAACAUCGCUGAUUGAUAACAUUGACUUCGUACAGUUUCAGCCCCAUUUAAUUGUGUUCGAUGACGAUCAAAAAUAUGUCUGUAUGUACUGUCAUAUAAGGGAACUCCUUGCCAGGACACACGAAAUAGCUUACGAGUAUCCGCACAUCUGGGAAACAUGGAAGAGAAAAGGACUUUUAUAAAUAUGUGCGGUUAUUGUACAUUUUUUUUAUUUUAAAUUUAUAUAUGUAAUUAGCAUAUACAAUUAAACCGCAUAAAGUAUAUUUGCAUUGCAUUUUAUUUACAAAUGUGAAGUAAAUCAUAUAGAUUAAAAUAAUCCUUUUUUCGGUUUAAAAAUUGGGGGGGGGGGGGAUACAUUUCUGAAAGGGUGAACAACCUGAUAUACUGUGGAAUGAUUUAAAUUCGUGGGAGCCAAUUUUCGUGGAUUGUGGGUUUUGGGCUUAUUCGUGGGAAUGUAAUUUCAUGGACGCACCGGUUUUCGGUUUCAGUUUCAAAGAUAACUCUCUCUAAAUUUGUUUUCGUUGAGGAUGUAAAUUUGUGGAGGAGGGCUACUCACAAAAACCACGAAAUAUAAGCCACCACGAAUUCUAAUGAUUCCACAGUAGGCCGUCUUAGUAACAAGAAAAUUGAGAGUUUAGUGUAUUGCAUCGUGUUUUGUCUACAGCCGGAAAGAGACCACAGUAAUUUAAUGCAAAUAUUUGUGUGGUGUUUGGCCCCGAUUCACAGGAAAUAGAUAUUGUAGGAUGUGAAAUGAGACUGAACUACCCUGGAAAGGCCCAACCUCCUAUGGCCCCUUGAAAGUUGUUAUAGGAAUUUUUGCUGCGUACUAGCUUUGCUGGAAUAUCGAAAUUUAAAACAUAAGUGGUUAUUUUAUUACUUAUGGGCGUCGAUAAUAUGUUAUGAACAAAUAAAAAUAAGUAUAUUUAGUUCUAA